GGCGGCAUCUCGGGCAUCUUCAAGUCUCACGACUACCGGAAAGGCCACUUUGAGUGUCCACCUUACAACCAGCAAACAAUAAGAAGUGCUUACCAUGUGAGGAAUAUUGAAGUCUUCAAACUCAAGCAGUUAAAACGUCCAAUGGAUAUAUUUAUGUCACAUGAUUGGCCAAGGAGCAUAUAUCACUAUGGGAACAAGAAACAGCUUCUUAAAAUGAAAUCCUUCUUCCGUCAAGAAGUGGAGAGCAACACGCUAGGAAGCCCUGCUGCUUCAGAGCUUCUGCAGCAUCUGAAACCCACCUAUUGGUUUUCAGCACAUCUUCAUGUGAAAUUUGCAGCUUUCAUGCAACACCAGGCAACCUCCAAAGAAGAGCUACCAAAAGCAACAAAAUUUCUUGCUCUGGAUAAAUGUCUGCCUCACAGAGACUUUCUGCAGAUAAUAGACAUAGAACAUGAUCCUAAUGCAAGUGGCUCACUUGAGUAUGAUGCGGAGUGGAUUGCAGUCCUCAAGGCUACCAACAGUCUCAUUAACGUGACUCAGAGUUCCUGGAAUAUGCCUGAAAAUAAUGGCCUCCAUGCAAAGUGGGAUUACAGUGUGACAGAAGAAGCCAUCAAAGAAGUGUUAGAAGAGCUGAAUCAUAACCUCAAAAUUCCCUGCAACUUCACACUGACAGCUGCUUGUUAUGAUCCCAGUAAGCCCCAAAAACACAUGGAACCAGUUCAUACCAUCAAUCCACAGACCACUGAAUUUUGUGCCCAGUUUGGCCUCACUGACAUCAAUGGCAGGAUCCAGCAAGCGAAAGAAGAGGGCUCAGUACGUGGAGAAUAUGAAGAGGAGGAGGAGGAGGAGGAGAUGGACAGUACUGGGUCAGCAGAGGAACCCAGCGAAUAUAAUACAGAUAAUUCUGGGCUUUCAUCCAUUAACCCAGAUGAAAUAAUGCUGGAUGAAGAAGGUGGUGAUGAGGACUUGAGUACAUGUUCUGUAGAUCCUUCCCCUGAUCAUCCUCCUGACUUCUCUGCAAGUUUUUCUGACAUCAGGAUCAUGCCAGAUUCCAUGGUGGUAUCAUCUGAUGAUGCUAUGGACUCCAAUAACGAGGAACUGGAGAAAUCUGGGGCAAAUAAGCAGAUGGAAGAGAAGAGCUUGAAUGAGAGAUCUUUAAAGCGCAUUGGUUGUAAUGAAAAUGGGAACAGUGGCAUGAAAAAAAUUAAGAGAAGGAAUCAAGCUAUCUAUGCUGCAGAGGAUGAAGAUAAAACAGAAUAAUUCAUAUGCUGUAUAACUAAGUUCUCUCCCUACCCUUUUUAUGGGACGAUGGUGAGAGCUGCAGUGAACUUCUUAUGCUUUUAACAGUAUUUGAUCUUAGUCAUGUUACUUUAAGCUGCAAUGGGCUGUAGGUACCUCUCGCAGGGAAGAAUACUUAGCUGGAUUAAACAUCUAAGUUGGAAGCAACCUUUUCCAACGAAGUACCUUGUCAAAGGAUUUAAAGCUUGUGUAUAAUCAGUUGAUUUUGCUUCAAUUCUUGGUUAUUGGUGUAUAUUACUACUUCUGCAGUACAAGAUUUACCAUAUUUCUUUAACAAGAGGAAAACUUUUAAACUAAGUCACGUUGAAGUGAGAGGAUGUCUGACUUAUGAGACUGAAUGGUCUAUUUUAUUGCCUUUGUUUUUGUUUUACACCUAAGUUUUAAUACCAAGUAGCGUAAGCAAUGACUCUGAACUAAAUUUGGAGGUAGACUUUUUGGGAUAACAAAAUGGCAGUAGAAGAAGAGUGAAGAAUUCUUUUGUUUUUGUCUCUGGAACUGGUGAUAUUCCAUAUGCCAUAGAAAAACUUAGGAAUCAUAAACAGCAGUGCAUAUCCAAUACUGGCUUUUAAUUACAGUUCUGGCAGAAAACCUAAUCUCUUAAUUCCAAGCAUGACAGUUUUAUUGGGACCAUGGAAGAAAUCAUCUCUUAAAAAUUCACUUGUGUGCCGUGUCUCAAAACUUCAGAAACAUCUCUCAAAACUAAAAUGUAACUAGUUAGGAUGAACAGCUUCUUACAUGUGAACACCAUCAUUGUCUCAAUCCUUACUAAGUAGGGCUAUGUUCCAUUUUCAUAUAACAGGAUUGAUGUUUAUAAAUUGCUUGAGAAAGCAAUGGAUACCGUUAGCCUGUUUCACUUUUCUCUGGUGAAUAACUUGCCUAAUUCUUAUAACUUGGUCUGGAGUCUCCUAAAGCAUCUUCAUAAACUUCAGCUGAGGAGAACAGGAGCUGCCAGGAAACUGGUCCUCUCUGAAGCAGCAAAUGUUCUUUUCACUCUUCUUGUUUGCCCCAAAUUAUUAGCAAGCAGACUACGCUCCUUUGGGUCUAAAAGGUUGUUAAGAUGAUAAAACUUGCCGAAUUCAUGAACAUGCCAAUGUUUUCAAUAAGUAUAGCAUAGAAGUAGUCAUAGUCAUUAGUCUUACAGCCAAGUUCUGCAGGCAGUCUGUGCUGCACUUUCUAGGAGUCUGGAUAGAGCAGGCCUUCCUCAUGACUGUGCUGCUAGGUCUGCUUUUGAGACAAGAAGCAACUCCCAUGUGCUCUUACCCCUCUAAGGCCUAGGCACUGUGGAGAAGAUAGCAUCUUUAUUGGAACAGGGAUUUGGACAAGGAGCCACAACUGUCACGGAUUAGUGAGAAUGAGCUGUAGCAGGGAAACUAAUAGAACCUAUUAGAUCAUAGGUCCAGGUCAGAAUCAGUUUCAGAUUCUGGCGUUCAUCUAGCCUCUGUUUCUCUCCUGUCAGCACUUAACUAUGAAACCUAAAUGCAUACAAGUAUUCAAGAGCUAGGAAAUGCCAAAAUUAAAGUUCUCCACAGUCUUGAUUACCAGCUUUAGCAUCCUGGGUUUUUUGUUUGUUUUUUUUCCAGGGAACACUAUCUUGUGUAUUAAAUGAUUAGCUGGGCUUUGUUAAUACUGCUCUUGUAUCUCUCUAUACCUGCUCAUCUGUCAGAACACUCACUGAAGAGUUGUAAGAUGUGAUUU